UACGAUUAGUUUGUGACGUUUGUCAUUUAAAAUUUAAUUGGCAUCUAUAUUUUUUUAAAUAUUAUCUACUUUUCGAGCCUUGCUUUUACCUUUAUGGACAAUUUUAAUAUGCAUCGAAUUUUUGUGAGUCAACUUAUCAAACGAAUAGACUUCAACACCAGAAAAUAUAGCGGGAAAAAGGAAGCAAAAAAAACAAAAAAAGAUGUCGAACCCCGAAGAAUCUUCAAAGUGUAUCGCUAUGGAGGUAUUCUAAGCAAGGAACAACCUAAAUUGCAAAAUUACGAACUGGAUGUCAGCACGUGCGGAAAGAUGGUCCUUGACGCUCUGAUCAAACUGAAGGACAUGGACCCUUCGCUGACGUUUCGAAAGUCUUGCCGCGAAGGCAUCUGCGGCUCCUGUGCCAUCAACUUACAAGGUCGAAAUUGCCUCUCUUGUAUCACAGAAAUUCCACCAGAUAAGAAAAUUACCAUCUAUCCUUUACCUCACAUGUACGUCAUCAGAGACUUGGUCGUUGACAUGACUCACUUCUUCAAGGGCUACAAUAGCAUUCGACCUUAUUUGGUAAGGAAGAACCCCAUACCGAUGGGGUCUGGGCAGUACGCGCAAAGCGUUGCUGACAGUGACAUGAUGGUAGGAUUGUAUGAAUGCGUAUUGUGUUCUUGUUGUGCCACAGCAUGUCCUAGCUACUGGUGGAAUGGAAGGAGGUUCCUAGGCCCAGCUAGUUUACUCCACGCUUACAGAUGGGUCAUAGAUAGCAGAGAUGACGACACGGAGCAAAGACUAUUCGACCUUCGUGAUGAUUUCAAGGCGUUUCGUUGUCACACCAUCAUGAACUGCACUCUGGAUUGUCCUAAGGGUCUGCAUCCAGCCAUGGCGAUUGCAAAGUUGAAGAGACUGAUCUCGGGUUUGGAUAAGAAGCCGAGCCCCGAAAUUGAUCCGAUGAAGUUCGGAAGCGCUGGAAGUCUGGAACAAUGUAUUAAGAAACACUCAUAAAUUUUUUAGACAUUUAAUAAAAUCUUUUGUAUA